AUGAGUGAUGCCUCAAGUGGUGGAAGUGCUGGAGGAGAAAGCCCUAAGCUGCAGCAAAGAAAGCGGUCUGAUAGCAAAACAAAURCUGAUAAAAAACACAAGGGAAUUCAUAAACUUAAGGCUUUUAGAGUUAAAAAAGAUGGAGAUAUUAAGUCAAGAAAGAAAAGCUUAGAAGGUGGUUUAGAGGUUGACUCAAGUGAACACCAGCAAGGCAGUGGUGAUGAAGUGGCUGUGUUUUCUUCKUCACCUAUUGUUGAUCACACUGAUGUAGAAACUAUUGAUAAUGUUGUUAACCAUGAUGAGGACAUUGCCRAUGAAGAAACUWUAAUAUCAGRAAGCCCUGAACCUCCAUUAGCUWCMGGMGAAAGAUCAAUAAGCGAAGAUUUCAAUACAGACCUUAGARAUACUGGCAGAGACUCKCCAAGAACUUUUGCAUCCAAAGUUUUUGAAAAACAUUCUCCAGAUAAAAACRUUGAGUUAAAAAUUACAAAGUCUGAGUCAUUAGAAUCUGCGGCRAGUGAUGGUGCAACGUCAAGCCAUAGUGAUAGCACACAAGAUGAAGAUGCAUCGUACCGAGAUGAUUUAGAAAAAGCCAUAGAAGUAUUGAAGAUAUUACAUCCAAAUAGACUUCUUUAUAAAGCUGCAGAAUGGAAAAGCAUUCCAUUGAUGGCCGCUGCCUUUGCAGAAGGUGCUAAAGCAAACUGGGUUAAUGAGGAUGAUGAUGCUAAACUAGUCUUACACCAAUCGGUAC